AUGGAUUUUGUGACAAGACUACCCAGAACAACCAAGCAACACGACUCAUUUUGGAUAAUUAUAGACAGACUCACCAAGUCAGCACACUUUGUUCCAGUAAAGUCUACUUACAACGCAGAGCAAUAUGCUGACAUGUACGUGAAAGAGAUAUUGAGGCUGCAUGGAGUUCCAAAGACGAUAGUCUCUGAUAGAGGUUCAGUAUUCACCUCCAAGUUCUGGGAGAGUCCACAUAAGGAUGAAGUUGGAGAAAUAGGUCCAGAAGCAGUAAGAGAAGCUUCAGAAGCUGUGGAAAAGAUACGACAAAGGAUGCUCAAUGCCCAAAGUAGACUGAAAAGUUAUGCAGAUUUGAAAAGACAGGAGGUUGAGUUUUCCGUAGGGGACUUAGUGUUCUUGAAGGUAUCACCUAUGAAGGGGAUUAUGCGUUUCGGAAAAAGGGGAAAGUUAAGCCCAAGAUUUAUAGGUCCUUUUGAAAUACUGGACAGAGUUGGUCAGGACAUGAGCUUUAUGGCACGCCCUGUGCGCGUGAUAGAAGAAGGAAUAAAGGUCUUACGAAAUAAGAUUAUACCCUUAGUCAAAAUCCUGUGGAGUGAUAGUUCUGAUAGAGAAGCGACAUGGGAGUUGGAGAAGGACAUGUAG